AUGUUGCCUGCUCGUACACAGCUCCCAAAUGCGAUUCCUGAGGAUUCCGAGGAGAGUGGCGACGAUGAGUUGCCACCAAUGCGAGCUCCGCCUACUCGUGCACUACGAAGGUUAUCGGCUUCAAUUCCAGUCAGGAAACAUUCUCCGUUCAUAACAGGACGAGCCAGUACUAGUGCUGAGAAUGGAUUGGACGAAGCAGAGUCGAGCUGGCGUGGUAAGGAACGUGAACAAUCAUUUCGGAGCAUGGAGAAACACCUUGAACCUUUGGAUGAAGAGAGUAAUGAAAGUGGUGACCGAAAACGUGGUGACGUGGUGUCUCCAACACGUUCACGCACAACAUCUAAUUCAACACAUGAAUUUUCGUCACCGAAGCUGCCGGAUACUGUAGUAGCGAAUAUGAUCAAGUUGUCUGUCUUAAGCGAGGGGCGUUCAAGAUUCGGCGUUGUGUCGAAGUUUAUCAAUAAGGCGACUAUGGCUAACUAUGCGGUAGUGGAAUGGAAAAUCUCGGCUAUGGAUGAAAAAAGUCGUAAGGAAGUAAUAUCUCAACUUGAAUUUUAUUCUACCCUUAGACAUCGUCGUAUAGGAAGCCUCUAUGGAUAUCACGUGAAUGAUGAGCGCCUGUUAAUUUUUCGUACAUUUUUACCGACUGGAGCUGUUGCAGAUCAGCUGAAAGUCGGUCCACUUCCCGAAUCCGUUGCUGAAAGGUAUUUUCGGCAACUUCUUGAAGCACUCGAGUUUCUUCACGACAGGAACGUCAUACAUGGUGACAUAAAAACAUCGAAUCUUCUAGUCACAUUGUCCGGUGACAUUCAAGUGACAGACAUCUCCCUACCUCACGCUCCGAAACCAGAUAAACAUAAGCGACGAACACUCCUUCAUUGUGCACCAGAAAUGUUCGAGACCAGGGAUUCAUGGGAUAAUAUCACGGCUGCAGCUGACAUAUGGGCUGCUGGUUGCGUGUUAGUGACAAUGGUUACACGUUACGCUCCAUUUCAAGAUCUCUUUUUGUCAUUUUCCACGCAAGAUUUGCAUGAGAAACUUCUUGAAUGCAAUCGUAAAGGAUCGCCGAGUCGCCUUAGUUAUACCAGUCGUACAUUGAUUCCAACAUCCAGCAAAGAGUUGGCUGAUAUGGUUGAUGCGACUUUUGUGUGGGACCCGGAAAAUAGACCCAAAGCCGCACAGCUCUUGGAACGAUUCUUUCCCAGUGGCAAAUCUCGGAAAACGUCACGAAUGUCACAGUCGUCAUCAGGCGUUCGAAAAUCCAUUAAGAGAGGAACAGCUGAACAUCAGGAUCUAUACAACGAUGGCCCAACCGUGCUUCCCACAGAUGAUGCUCAAAAGACUCUGCUCGAGCGUUUGUACAAGUCAGCUGAGCGUCAAGCGGAUGUCGAAGAGAAACCGUUGCUUUUUUGCAUGAAAUGGUUUGGCUCAAGGAUUCUUAUCUUCCUGCUAUUACUUCUCAAAUGGGUCGCAAUGGUACUUCUGGCUGCGUUAUCGCUUGGAUUUGUCACUGGAUCGGUUUUUCUAGCAGUUUAUGUGAUAUAUAGCGGCAUUGGUGUUGUUUGCCAAUGUCAACUCAACGAAGGAUUUAUAGUGCUGAUCGCUCUCAUUCUGCUUCCUAUAAUCAUUUUGCUGACAACACUUUGUGUUAAUAAUUCCUGCGAAAAGUACAAACAAGCGCAAGAAGACGGAAGUUUGGAGAAGUGCCGAUAUGUAUAUCCACGACCCGAAGAUGAUAUUAUAUUAUGUGGCAUUAUCGUAGUAGAUGGGAAAAAGGAGGAACGAAAAUUCAGUGUUCGUCGAAAGCUAGCAGGUGUCGAGAAUGAUCCUACGGCUGCAGCGAAUCUUCCGAAAGGUGCAUUCGUUCGAGGAGUUGCUGGUAUUGCCUAA